AUUUUUUUUCGUGUUUUUUCUUGGAUAAAUAUAUAUUUUCCCCUCGUUCAUUAUCGUACUUCAUAUUUCAUCAUGACUGAACAGACAACCAAAGUACUCAAGCUUAAGACUUUUUCCCCGCCUUCGUUUCAACUCAUGCCUUUCUGGCCCAACAACAUCGAAGCCUGGUUCUGCUACGCGGAAGCCGACUUCUCCGAGCACGGCGUGAUCGACACACGUGCACAAUUCCUCGCAGUAGUCAAGGCACUACCGCGCGAAUUCAACAGGUACAUAACACCUAGUAUGUUUACUAGUGAUGUUUCUGAACCUUACGAAACCUUAAAACGUUCGAUUCUUAAACGAGGAGACCUAACCGAUCGACAAAGGUUAGACCAACUCCUUAAUAACAUAGACCUGCAGCACGGUUGGCAUCGACGACCUUUCGAAUCAGAAUACGAAGGACCUUUCAAAGUUCUUCAACGCGAACCGAAGUACUAUAUAAUCGAUAAGAACGGAAUCAACGAUAGCAUCAGCAUCGAUCGCCUCAAAGCAGCGUAUUUAGAAGGAAAUCCUAUCUACGUCGAUUUUCCUUCGGUACAAUCGCACGACACGGCUCCACUCAUAAUUCCUCAAUCGACAACCAACACACGCGAUGUUACUCCGAAUGUAUCUAAAAAUAAACUUAAAACGACGCGUUCUGGAAGAAGAGUUAGAUUUCCAGAACAUUUAAACGACUAUUGCACGUAAGGCACUACUAGACAUUUAAUAUUAUCUCGAUCUUUCUUUUUACGAUAUAUAAUAUAUUUUUUUUAAAAAACAAUUUUAAUAUGCUUAUGUAUUUUUAUUUUUAUUCCAAAAAGAACAUUAUAAAUUUUGUUUAACGAUAUUACGUGUAAAUUAGUUUAUAUUCCAAUUUUUUUCGCCGACAUUGUGUUUUUACGCACAUACGAGUGUAUUUCGACAUGCACUUACAUUUUCUUUUUUCUUUUCCAGGACGGCUGGAAAAGGACGAUGACGUUUAUGAGGGGCUGAAAUUUUCAUUGUACAUUUUCUUUUUUUACUAUGUUGUACCUCGGUCCCAUAUAGUAAAGAAAGACGACCAGACGCUGCUAAUCCUAGCAAGCUAUCAGAAGGGUGUUUACCAACGACAAACUCGCUGGGUUUAAACUUCUGGCUGGCCACGUCUUAGGGUCAUCACUAAUCCACUAGGGGGGGAGUGAUCUGUAGCGGUAAAUAAAUCCCCAAAAUAAAUAGCCCUGUAAGUUUUCGACAUUGGAUGCUGACCAUAUGUUUUAGUGGACUCAUCUAGCUGAAGGCGCUCGGUCAGGCAUCCGCACCAGAUCACGUGUGGUAACGCCGUGCUCAACAUCAACCGCAAUCGCUAGCCAGAUUAAAUCAGAGAAUUCCGAUAUUUUGGUUAUCGCCAAAUACACUCUUCUGAUCUCCUCGACUCUGUCUUUUGAUUUCUCUCGGUGGGUACAAAUCAUAUUAGGUGUUACUGGUGGAAGCGUUGUCAAACACUGAACACCUGUGUCAUCCUUCAACACCAUAGGAUAGAAGAUACUUCAACUAAUAGAUUGGGUAUAACUUAGGAAUAAUAAAUCGUACAAUAGUAACCAAUAGGCCAAAGAAAGCUUAUAAUGAAAGGAAUAUAGAUAUAUGCAAUCUAGUUACUGAGUAGUUA